AUGCAUGUAUCCAUAAAUAAAACAAAGGUCGUUAAUCUUGAUCACUCUUAGCUUGAGGGAUCAUCUUCCUUACAUAUAUCCAUGGAAGUUAUAAUCAACAGGGAAUCAUUAUCAACAACAAGAACAACAACAGCUAAUAUUGAAGAUGAGAAUGGGGUGGAGAGUGUAAUAGCCGGAAACUAUGUACAGAUGACCAACAAGAGUAAUACCAACCGGGAAGAGGAAGAGGAAGAGGAGCACGGUGGUGAGCUGGGUGCGAAGAUAUCAAAACUAGUAUGGCAAGGCGGGUCGGCAUAUGAUGCUUGGUUCAGCUGCGCUUCGAAUCAGGUGGCUCAAGUGCUGCUCACAUUGCCCUACUCCUUUUCCCAGUUGGGGAUGACGUCCGGCAUCGCCUUCCAGCUCUUCUACGCCCUAUUGGGGACAUGGACCGCCUACCUCAUUACUGCACUCUAUGUCGAGUUUCGCUCUAGGAAAGAACGCCAAAAACUUCAUUUCCGUCAUCAUGUCAUUCAGUGGUUUGAAGUGUUGGAUGGGCUGCUGGGAAAGCAUUGGAGAAACGUGGGGUUGGCCUUUAACUGCACAUUUCUUCUCUUUGGAUCUGUUAUUCAGCUCAUCGCCUGUGCUAGCAACAUAUAUUACAUAAACGACAAGGUAGAGAAGAGGAGUUGGACGUACAUAUUUGGAGCGUGCUGUGCCACCACAGUGUUCAUCCCUUCCUUCCGCAACUAUCGGAUUUGGUCUUUUCUUGGCCUCUUGAUGACCACUUACACUGCUUGGUACCUCGCCAUCGCUUCCCUCCUCCAUGGCCCCGUGGAAGGAGUGAAGCACUCAGGGCCAACCAAAGUGGUUCUAUACUUCACAGGAGCAACCAACAUUCUUUACACCUUUGGAGGACAUGCCGUUACCGUGGAGAUAAUGGACGCAAUGUGGAAGCCGCAGAAGUUCAAAGCUAUCUACGCGUGGGCAACGUUGUACGUCUUGACACUGACACUGCCAUCUGCAGCCGCAGUCUACUGGGCAUUCGGAGACUUGCUUCUGGACCACUCCAACGCCUUCUCCCUCCUCCCCAGAACCCCCUUCCGUGACAUCGCCGUCAUCCUCAUGCUCAUCCACCAGUUCAUCACCUUCGGAUUCGCGUCAACCCCUCUCUACAUCGUUUGGGAGAAGGCUGUCGGCAUCCACGGCUCCCAUUGCAGCCUCUGGAAGAGGGCCCUCUCUAGAUUACCGGUGGUCGUCCCCAUCUGGUUUCUUGCCCUCGUCUUCCCUUUCUUUGGCCCCAUCAACUCAACCGUCGGGUCCCUUCUGGUUAGCUUCACUGUCUACAUCAUCCCCUCUCUCGCCCACAUGUUCACCUUCUGGUCACCUUUGGCCCGCGAGAAUGCGGUGGAGCAGCCGCCAAAGUGGUUGGGGAGAUGGGCGGGGGCGUAUACGAUAAACAUCUUUGUGGUGGCGUGGGUGGCGAUUGUAGGGUUCGGGUUCGGCGGGUGGGCAAGCGUGCUCAACUUCAUACACCAGAUUGACACCUUUGGACUCUUCACCAAAUGCUACCAAUGCCCUCUCCCGCCGCCGCCUCACCAGCUUCUCAACGCCACCACUUCUCUGGCGCCAACCCCUUAGGCCGCCCCUUCGAUGGCUUCAUCUGAUCGAUCUAAUCUGAUGAAGAAGCUAUAAACGAGAGAGAGUUUCAUUUUGUAAGGUUUUGGUCAAGUACUUUACCACAGUAGAAGCAACCGCAUUAAGCUUUCAUAUUGUGAACCUAAUGAAAUUAGUUUCAUACUCUACCAUCAAUUAGCAUCAAACAGACUUUUUUGAACAUUUUAUUUAUCUAAAAAGUGGUAGGCCAUUACUAGAAGUUUAAUUAAUUACUAAGAAAGUUAGAUUCACAUGUACUUUGUGAAAAUUUCACUUUGUUUAUUUCUAAGUAAAGUUUGAAAUCCCUUUCAUUCUAAUGAGUAAAGUUUGGAAUAUACCCAAACGUACGCCAAACAUUUCAAAUACACCCUCCUUCCAAGUUGAAACCUCUCGUUUUGACUUGGCACGGUUUUUAAUGUGGAAUGAAAAAGUGUUUGACUUUCCAGUUUCACCCUUCAUUUUUUCUCCUUCUCCCCACCGUAUCUUUUAUGGAGUAGUUUUCUUCUUCUUCUUCCAUCUGAACCCACCCCACCUCCCCUCUUCUCCUGCUUCACUUUGCUCUCCCCUUCUAAUUUUUCUUUUUUUUCACAGGCCAUAUCCCCUUUAUUCUUAACCCCCUUCUUCUUCUUUAACCUUAGCUUAUUAAAAAAACAUCAAAAUCUAAAUUUCAGAUCUAAAAAAAUUGAAGAAAUAAAAUUCAAAUAUAGAAAAUUGAAGAGCAACGAACAAUCAAUUGGAUUUGGUAUAUCGGACGUGUUCUUGAAGGUGAGAGAGAACCGGAGUUUAAAACAUUGUCAGUGACCCUCCUUGUAGAAGGCGACGCCGAUGUGCGAGAGAGAAGAUAACUUGAGGCUCUACCGAUAUAUCUGGAUCUGGUGAACACUAAGUCGCCAUCAGUUUGGAUCGUCAUUUUUUUCAGAUCUGGGUUGGUUCUGCCAUUGAUCGCCGUCAGGUCACCUCUGAGUCGCCAUCAUGUUGCCGACGAUAGCCACAAGUCGUCGUUGUUCAUCGCUCCUUCGCCGCCUCUGCUUUACGUUGCACGCCGAUCAGAAACCAGAGCCCCGACGUUGUGUUAAGACCUUCGUCGGUGACUCUUCUUUCGCAGGCUCUCGCUGCUUUGUCGAAGAAAAUGGGGAAGGGGGA